AUGGCUGCAUUUUCUACAUUCAACCUUAUUACUUUUGCAGGGUUUAUAAUAUUCUCUGUGAUAGGUAUCAAUAUUUCAAAUAAGUAUUUAUAUAAAGAUCUUAUUGUAGUGAAAUGUAUAUUGAAAUCUUAAAGGUAUUAAUUGUUGUUGCUGGAGUUAUGAUUAUUCAUUAAAUUUACUUAUUAAAAAGUACUAGUCCAUCAAUUGUUAAUAAACCUAACCAAAAGCAAAUUAAUUUUAAUGUAUUUAAGGGCAACAUUAAGAAUGAUUUAAUAUAACCAAAUUACUAUAAAGGUAGAAUAUAUAUUAAGAUAGGUGAAUAAUCUGAUAUAAUGUAAACAUAAUCAGGAUUAAUGGAUGAUUAGAACUUAAAAGAAAAAUAAAGAAUUUUAGAUAAAGAAUAAAGAAAAAAUAAUAUGAAGAAUCGUACCAAAUUUAAUCGUUAUCAAGUUAGAUUUUUAUUAAGACAAUCAUUUAUAAGAGGGUUUAAAAUAAUUUUAAAAUGGAUCAAUUAACAAAUUUUAUGGAGAUGAUUCUAGUCAAAUUCAUUAAACUUCAUAUUAAGCCCCAGUUUAAUUAUUUGGACGAAGUGGUUUUUGUAAAUAUUGUAUUAAAAAUAAGAUAAUGAAAUAUAAAAGAAAAAUAAAGAAACUGAAAAAUUAUUAUCAAGAAUAAUAAAAAAAAUAGGAGAUGCUCAUCUUAAAGUUGAAGAAUUAUUUUUCAGUUAAUUUAUACCAACUUUUGUUAAUGAAUAUUAAGAUCAUUUAAUAAAUGUUAAUAGAAUGAUGAAAGAACAUUUUUAAUAGAAAAUAAUAGAAAUUGAUAUAUUUUUUGCUAACAAACCAUAUGAUAUUAAUUCAAAUAAACAUGAAAAAUCAAUUGGUCUCAAAAGUGUUACGAUUGAAGAUGUUCUCUUUUUUAAAAACUAAAUAAAAACAAGAUCACGUGAACCUGUUAAAGCACCUAUUGAUGUUGAUAAAUUUGCUAGGGAUAAAUUAGAAUUUAUAAAAGAAUGUGAUCUCUUAGAAUUAUAUAAUAAUAUCUUAGAUUUAACAUUACUUAAUAGAAAUAUAGCAGUUGAUAAGAAAUACUUAUUAUUAAAAUUAUUGACAUUUACUGAGAGUAAAGGUAAACCAUAAUAUUAAUCUGAUGGUUUAAUGGAAAGGGUUUCUAGUGAUUAUGAAGUAAGAUAUUAAAUAAUAAUAAUAUUUUAAGAUACUUUUUACUGUGUUUAUUAAUACAAUUAUAAAGUGUGUUAAUUAUGAGAAUCAAAAGUAUUCUAAAUUUAAUUUUAAUGAUGGUAGUAAUGAUAGUACUUUAAAAACAAUUAGUGUAAGCAUUAUUUCUUUAGAAUCUUUUGAUUUGAAUGAAUUAAAAAAUGAUUAAUAAAGCAGAAAUUUUAUUAUUUCAUAAAAGUUAGAAUAAUUGGAUCAAGAACCAUAAUUUCAUUAUUAUAGUGAUCAUAUUGUUAGAAUGUUAAGAAAACAAAAGGAUUUAGAGAAUAAAAAAUUAAAUGAAUUUAUUUUGUAUACUUCAAGAGUAAAAUCAAUAUUAAUAAUAGGAUUGCAAUUCAUUGAAUGGUUUUGUAUGUUAUUAUUUACUGCAUCUUUUAAGUCUUCCUAAAUAACAUUGGUAAUAAUUACAAUAAAUUGAAAUGGAAUAAAGAAUGAUUAAGUGUUUAAUAAGAAUGGCUAAGGAUCUAUCAUUUUUAGUGACAAAUCUUUGA